AUGGGCCAUCUCUAUGCAUUGGAUUUUGAUGGAGUUCUCUGUGAUACCUGUGAAGAGACAGCAAUCUCUGCUCUCAAGGCUGCCAAGUUGAGAUGGCCUGCCCUGUUUGAAAGUGUGGAUUCUGCCACAGAAGAUUGGAUUGUUAAACAGAUGAUUAGAGUGAGACCAGUGGUGGAAACUGGAUACGAAACUCUUUUACUUGUGAGGUUGUUGCUCGAGACAAGAGUUCCUUCCAUCAGAAAAUCUUCAGUGGCAGAGGGCCUCACAGUUGAGGGCAUAUUAGAGAGCUGGUUCGAAUUGAAGCCUAUUGUCAUGGAAGAGUGGAACGAGAAUAAGGAUGAUCUGAUAGAUUUAUUCGGAAAGGUUAGAGAUGAUUGGUUGGAGAAGGAUUUCACUGGUUGGAUUCAAGCCAACAGAUUCUAUCCUGGUGUUACUGAUGCAUUAAGAUUUGCAAGCUCAAGAGUCUACAUUGUCACCACAAAACAGAGCCGCUUCGCCGACGCUUUACUUAGAGAACUUGCUGGAAUAACUAUACCACCAGAAAGAAUAUAUGGUCUUGGAACUGGUCCUAAGGUAGAAGUGCUGAAGAAGCUUCAAAAACUGCCAGAACACCAAGGACUGACACUACACUUUGUGGAAGAUAGGCUUGCAACACUUAAAAAUGUUAUCAAAGAGCCAGAGUUGGAUAACUGGAAUUUGUAUCUAGUGGAUUGGGGGUUUAACACUCAGAAAGAGAGGGAUGAAGCAGCAGCCAACCCAAGGGUUCAGCUUCUUGAGCUCGCUGAUUUCAGCAGCAAGCUAAAAUAA